UAAAAUUUGCCAUGUUGUUUUCUAGCUUUAUCUUCGACUUGUGCAUUUGGAAUGCCCAUGUGGUAUCUUCGGCAUUUUUUUCUAUCUGUCAUCAUAAUGUUCUCAAAAUAUGUACACGUAGUUAAAUUAUAGUUGAACACUUUAACAAAAUGUCUAUGUGUGAAAUUAAUGGAUUAAUUUUAUGUCAAUGACCACUUUACUGCAUUGAAUGAGGAUUAAAAUAAUUGGAUUGGUUCAAUCUAUAAUAUUAAUACUAGGAGUAUUUUGGUGGAAUGAGGUCUUGACCGCUUAACAAUAGUAAAGAUUCGUGGAAUUCUUCAUGCAUGUGAUGCUUCAUACUACAAACAUAUUUUGUACGUGUACCCUGAUAUUGUGUAUUGCCAAUUUGGGAGUAUCAACAGAUACACAAGGAACAGGGAUAGUUUACACAUCGGAGAAACGUAUAUGUCAAAAUAUAACAUGGAAACUGGUGAAUCAUUCUGUUUAUGUUAACGUGUCAGGAGUCCUGAAAACAGGAGAUGGUAAGGAGAGAAAUGCACAUGGUAACGUGCCUACAUCUGGAUUAGUUAAUAUUACUACAUCAAAGACGGAGAUUUGCUGUCCAGGCUUCUAUAAAAAACACAGAAAGGGGUGUAAAAGAUGUCGCAACAAUACAUAUGGUCUAGAUUGUCAGAAUAAAUGUAAUUGCACAGACGUCCAAAAGUGUGACCGCAGAACUGGAGAAUGCAAGGAAUGCAAAAGGAAGUGUGAAGAUGAUGACGGAGGAGAUGAUGAUAAGUCCACAGUAUCAACCCACGACUAUAGUACAACACGUGCACAAAGACCACAGUCAACAGGGAAAAGUUCUGCACCUUCAACAGUUAUAGGUGUGACUCCAACUGGAGCUGACAAUGGAAUUCAAUACAAUAUAACUACAGUCCAUCCUUGUGACAUAUGUGAACAGUUUGGAAACUGUUCGAAUGAACCCGGCUGCGCUUUAGUACCAGCAGGACAUGGAAGUAAGGUUAAAGAAGGCUUAGGAAAGGGUCAUACAAUAUUAAUUGCCGUUGUUCUGUCUUUAGCCAUACUUACAAUUCUAUUAAUUACCUGUAUUGUCUUAAGAGAAAGAAAUCACAGAAAACAGAAACAGAAAAUAAAAGAAUCAGCACUAGUUAAAUUUUCCAGCUCCGAUGAAACAACAGAGUAUGUCGAUCCAGAACCUGUAUAUUCUGAAAUAAAAGAAGAAGAAAUAGGUGUACGAAAUGGGAACUGUUAUACACCAAACCUUCCAGACAUACCUGUCAAUCAUGAAUACUAUAAACUGCCAGAAACAGAUAAAAACAUCGAAACAGAUGAGUGUGGGUAUCUCAACCCUUACACUGCAUUACGAUUCGCACGAAGUGAAAGUAAUCUGUUCAGAGACAGAGACUUGCGUGAUAAAGGAACAUAUGAUGUAACAUAUUCCUUAGCAAAAGCGAUACAAAGGGACGAUAACUCAAGUGCCGAGGAGCAUGGAGAUUUGGAUAAACUCAUGAAUGAUUCUAGUCAGAAAGAUGAACGGUCCAGUGAUGUGCCGGUUUAUUUUGUGCUGGAAAAAAAUGAUAAACAAACUGAAUCUCAUGAUAACCCUGAACGAGAAAAACUUUUGAAACGGGAGUCAAAAUCAAGGUCGAGCAUUUAAUUUAGACAAACACAUUAUUUAGUGCAAUAUUUAUUGUUAAAAUUGCAGUUAUAUGUCAAUAUGACGUUGCUUUGAAUUCUAAGCUGACAAAGAUCAGUCUAUAUAGUAAUUGCAUCAUUGUUGAUCUGUAGUUACUAAGUUUCCGUCAUACUGGUACUUAUUUAUUUAAUAUAUUGAAUUGGUAUGUUCUCAAGUUAAACUAGAGAUACAAUUGCUACUUUCCUAGGAAAAGUUUGUUUGAACUAUUUUGAUGUUUUGUACAGGUCAUUUUAGGUAGUUUUGUCUCAACAUUUUUGACUUUGUGUAUAUGUGUAUCAAACUUUUUGUGUAUUUAACUUCUUAAUUGUUAGGCCAUGAGCGUAUGUCAUUUGAUUUAUUCCUUGAUACACUUGUCAUGUGCACUAAAAAAUUAGAAUAACAGUAUCUUUAAUGUAUGAAAUGUGUGUACAAACAUGUCAAUUUGACAUGAUAUACACUAAUAUUACCUUAUAUAGCCCUGCUUGUAGAUAAUUAUACUGUUGACCAUGUAUCAAGCACGUUCCAUUUGUAUCUGAACAGUUUACAUUCUGGUGUUUUGCAAUAGUUUUUCAGAUUUAGGUAUGUAGCUGGUCGGAAUGGUUCAUCAACUAUAUAUAUGUUACGUCACCCUAUAUCAUGAUAAAAUAGUGUCAGAAUAUGACUGUAUAUACUGUCACCAACAAAAUCAAUACAAUAAUAAGUUACAGCUUUUCUCAAAUAAUAUUUGAUAGUUGUGCAUUCGAAUAUUUAAAAAAAAUAAUUAAAAAAGUAAGUUACUUCAUCGGUGUUUUAUAUCCAAAUAGAAAGAUAUAAAUCAAAGUUAAAAUAAUUGUAAUUUCAAAAAUUACAUACAUUUCAAGAGCAUAUAUAACCGAAAAAGACAAAUAAAAGUAUAGUAUAACACAGAUAAAAAAUCAGAGAUAUGCACUAGAGAGAAAAUACUUUAAUUGAAUAUCAGUUCCUUAAUUUCAUAGCAGCAAAAUCCAAUAAAAUCAGUAUUUUCAUGCCAGUACAGAAAUACUGAGCUACUGGACUGGUCCACCAACAGAGAACUUGUGAUAGUUAUGACAUUUACUGCACAACUUUCGCAUUUCGACAAUUAAGGUAUCUCUAGUGAUGCUUGCGGCCAAAAUAAUUGAAAAACCUAAUUCGAACUGAAAGGGGAAAUUAUUUCAAUGUGCAUUUAUUUCAACAAUCAGAAUGAGAUUAAAUAGAAUAGGGAAGUAGAUAUGGCAUUUAGUAAGCUAGAAUAAACAUGACAAUGUGCAAUAUUGAUUAUAUUUGAGUGAUAUUGUAUUCAGAUAUAUAAGUAUAUCUGAAUGAUAUACAUGGUUACUACUGUUAUUUUGACAUCAGUGAGGGGUCUAUUGGUUUUUAUUUAGGUUAAAUUUUAAGUCGUAAAUUUUAUUUGGGAUUGUUUUCCUAGUGACUUUUAUCCAACAUUUCGUUUUAUUCAUUAGUAUUAAAAGACAAAAAUGUGUUUAAUUUGCUACAUUUCUUACUUUUAGGUAGAUUUUUAACACUUUAAAAUCAUCUUAUUCCAUGUGUACAAUAAAUAUUUACAUUCAUA